AUGAAUGAUUUAACAGAAUUCGCUAUGGCCCGGUCAUUUCCGAUUGAAGGUUCGCUGCCUGACAUUGCGCAAACAAGAGAAGAAAAUAAAAAAUUGAAAGCCGAUUUGUUUGAAUUAAAAUCAAAAUAUUAUCUUCUUAAACAAGAGUUACCCACCAUUCGUGAUUUAAAAGAUGUAGAUUUUAGUGAAGAUUACAUCAAUUUGCGGAUUAAAUUAUCAGAGUCAGAAAAAGAACGAUUGAAUUUCAAGGCUGAAAUAAGUGAAUUAUCUGGAAAACUUAGUUCAUUAACAGCCACACGAAAACAAGAAAAAUUAGAAUGGAAUGAAGAAAAACAGAAGAUCGUAGCGGAAAUAAAUCAACUUCGUGAACGAAUGACCGAUUUGAAUCAAGAAUUAUACCUGAAAACGCGCACAUUCUUAGAACCAGAUUUGGAGAAAAAAAAGCCGAGUGUUGACGAUGAAAGUCAUGCAGAGAGUUGCAUAAGCAACAUUUCACUUAUAUCAGAAAGCUCUAGACAGUUGGCAGAAAUGCAAUCAAUAAUGUUACGGAAACUAUUCGAUCAGGAAAAGGCGAAAUUAGAAUUUAUCAAAGAAAUCGAUUCAUUAAAAAAAAAAUUAUUAGUCCUUGAAUUGGAGAUGAAGGAAAAAGAUCGCCAAAAAGAUGAAAUGGGAAAGAUCUAUGAGAAAAAGAUAAAAAAUGAAGCAUACAAAUUUGAAGAAGAGAUAAAAAAACGAGAUAAAGCUAUCAAUGCAUUGGCAAAAGCACUGGAUAAAAAGGAAAAAAUCAAUUCUGCAUUGCAUCCGUUUGGAUGCGAGAAUGAUGAUAUACAUGAAAAAGUGAUCGAUUUCAUAAAAAAAAGACCAUUAUUAAAGGAGAAAUUUUUUGUUGAUGAAAAAUUUAAUGGAAAUGCUAACUCGAUGGAGAAGGUUCAAACGGAUCAUAUUUUAUUAAUGUCGUCUACAAGUGAUUUUGCACCCUGA